CUCCCCUCAUCCAUUCCCCCGGCCAUGGCCACCGCCACGCUCCCUCUCCGCCUCCUCUCCUCCAGAACCCCAGCCCUCCACGCCGCCUCCUUCCUCCCCGCGCGCACCUCUCUUUCCUUCGCCGCUUUCGCGCCCCGCCACUGGCGCAUUCUCGCAUCCGCCGAGGAGGCGCCCGCUCCGGUGGACAGCGAGGUGGAUGUGCUAGAGGAGCCUGCAGAGGAAGUGGUGGAGGAUGCCGCGGUUCCGGAGCCUGUUGAGGUUCAGCUGGCCGCGGCGGGCGCCGGGAAAGACGCCGACAUCUUCGCCGUUGUCAUGAUUGGGUCGAGACAAUACAUUGUGAUGCCCGGUCGGUAUAUAUACACGCAGAGGCUGAAAGACGCCAAUGUCAACGAUCAGAUCAUAUUAAACAAGGUAUUACUGGUGUCAACUAGAGACAAAGCUUACAUUGGCAUGCCAGUGGUGACCAAUGCUGCUGUUCAUGCGGUGGUUGAAGAACAGGGACUGGACGAUAAGGUUAUUAUCUUCAAGUUCAAGAAGAAGAAGAAAUACCAGAGGAAAGCUGGUCACAGACAGCCAAAUACAAGGUUAAGAAUUACCGGCAUAAGUGGAUAUGAGGAAUAUCCUGCUGACCCAAUACUUCAGGUUCCAGCUUAAGUGUAAUUGUAAGUUGUUUAGUGACAAACGGCUGGUAGUACAUUAGAAGAUUGCAAGAGCCUUUUUCCCCACUAUUUGCUAAGUUGAUGUACGUAUUCGAAAUGCUACCAGUCAUCCAGUUAUUCCAUCCUUUGUUUAUUCCACCAGCUCUCUUGUUCCACCAACUGUAUUAUCUCUGCCUAAAGACACGGGAAAGCAUUUUACUACAAUGUGCCAUUGCGGGACAUCUUAGCUUCA